UUCUUGCGUGCAUCAUAUGAACAGAGGGUCAGCACUCAGCCAGUCUGCUGCAAAGCUAAGGCACAUUAUUAAAAAUUGUGUAAUAGUACGUAUGAUCAUGAUUAAUCCUUGUUUCGUAACUCGUUGAACCGAUUAAAUCUCCUAUUAUUCACAUUAAUCUCCGAUCAGUUCAAUUAAUCUCUGAUUAGUUCUUACUUUGUGUUUUUGUUGAUUAAGUAUGAUUUUCACUUUUACAGGACUGAUGUUGAUACUAUGAUAGUAUGUGCUUGUAAUUGAGAUUAGAAUUAUUACCGCGCUUGUGAUUGAGAUUAAAAUUAUGAUAACUUACAUUAGUCGGGUUGAACAGCUGAUUUAUGUUUUUGCUGAUUAAGUCCAAUUUUCGCUUUUACAGGAAUGAUAGUAUAUGCAUGUAAUUGAGAUGAAAAUUAUGAUAAUUUACACCAGUAGGGCUGAACAGAACCUCAAGGUGUCGGAUGAAGGCCGCAACGGAAAAUCCAGAGGCAGUUAGGUUGGCUGCUUGGGUUGGUAAAUGAAUAGCAAGUAAGAUAUAUAUAGAUGGAUCGUGUGUGAGAAAUAGAAAAAGGGAGGUCGAAAAGGGCGGGAAGCGAGCGAAGAAGCGAAUCAACGGGGAGAGAAAAGAAAGAACAUAGGCCUGGUUUGUAGGGGAAGUGAAGCUGGACCCAACAUGGGAAUUUGCAAAACUCUCACUCCUCCCAUUUUCUCUCUCUUCUUUUCUUUGAGAACCCUAGCUCUCUACUUCUUCCUUAAUUCUUUCAGGAGCACUGGAUUAAAUAUUAGUCCGCGAGAAGCUAGGGGAGAGCUGGUUGGGUUCUCCAAGAGGGUGAGGCUGAAUAAUUUUUAUUGUAGAAAGUGGCUCAAGGAGGAAUUGAAGCUUUUGUUGUGAAUUGAUUCAUGUCAUUUUCUUGAUUGAGUUUUCCUUUAUAUGGCUUCAUCCCCAGAGAAAUCUCCCUCUGGAAAAGCUGAUUCUUCUGGUUCAUCACCACCUUCGAAUACUCCUAAAUCAGGCUCUCCUCCUUCCCCUCCUUCGCAAUCAUCUCCUCCUGCGUCCCCGCCUGCUCAAAAGUCACCUCCACCUUCCCCGCCUGCGCAAAAGUCACCUCCACCAGCAUCUCCCCCGCCUAGCAACAAAUCCCCUCCGUCUUCUCCUCCGCCUUCCUCACCACCUCCUUCCCCAUCCUCGCCACCUCCUUCCUCUCCUCCACCUUCAUCGUCGUCUUCACCACCGCCAUCUAAGGAAAAUAAUUCACCUCCUCCGCCAUCUGAAUCCAAAAACUCACCUCCAGCUUCACCGCCACCAUCUUCGGGUGCUGCCUCUCCGCCGCCACCGUCUACGCCAUCAACUCCCAAUGCUUCACCCCCGCCUUCCACAGGGAAGGCUACACCCACACCGCCUUCAGCAAGUGAUGGUACACCCACGCCGCCUUCCUCAAGUAAACCUGCGCCCACACCAGCAGGUAUUUUUACUCCGCCAGCCAGUCUCAAUGCGCCAUCAACCCCGGGAUCUCCGAGUCUACCACCACCUCAGCAAUCGUCUUCAGGUGGCUCAUCUUAUAACGCAGCAGUUAUUGCAGCAGCAGCCAGUGGGGGUGCACUAGUUCUUGCUGUUGUGGUUGUUGCUCUGCUAUGCGUGUUGAGAAGAAGGAGAAAAUCUUCUUAUUAUGAUCCUGCUACAAGAAAUUAUUCUGGAGGUGGUGCACGUCGGGAAGGUAUUGGGGAACAUGUUGUCAAGCUUCCACCGUCCGGGGUUAUGGUGCCACCCCGUGCUGGAUGGGGACCACUGCAAUCUUCUCCACCCAGCAAUAUUAAUAGCCCCGGCUUCUCUGAUCACCCACACCAGUUGCCUAUAUCUCCAUUGAAUUUUGGUAAGAGCCAGUUCACAUAUGACGAGCUAGCCAAUGCAACUGGGGGAUUUUCUCAAUCGGAUAUUAUAGGACAAGGGGGAUUUGGGCAUGUCUAUAAAGGUGUGUUGCCUAAUGGCCAGCAGGUAGCGGUAAAGACCUUAAAGUCAGGAAGUGGGCAAGGUGAGAGGGAAUUUCAGGCUGAAGUUGAAAUUAUUAGCCGCGUCCAUCAUCGUCACCUUGUGUCGCUUGUUGGAUAUUGUAUUUAUAAAGAGCAGAGAAUGUUGGUCUAUGAAUUUGUUCCGAAUCGCACCUUGGAAUUCCAUCUUCAUGGGAAAGGCCAGCCAGUUAUGGACUGGAAGACUAGGCUCCGAAUCGCCAUUGGAUCAGCCAAGGGACUUGCUUAUCUUCAUGAAGAUUGCCACCCUAAAAUUAUCCAUCGCGACAUCAAAGCAGCCAACAUUCUCCUUGAUAAUAACUUUGAAGCUAUGGUUGCAGAUUUCGGAUUGGCUAAAUUUACUAAUGACAAUAUCACUCAUGUCUCCACGCGCGUUAUGGGAACUUUUGGGUACAUGGCUCCGGAAUAUGCAUCAACUGGGAAACUGACAGACAAGUCUGAUGUUUUUUCAUUUGGUGUCAUGCUCUUGGAAUGCAUAACUGGAAGGAGACCCAUUGAUCCCAAUAACUAUAUGGAAGACAGUCUAGUCGAUUGGGCGAGGCCUCUUAUGUCAAGAGCUUUGGAAAGUGGUGAUUAUGGUGAACUAGUGGAUCCACGUUUAGAUGGUAAUUAUGAUCCUCAGGAAUUGGCACAUAUGGUAUCCGCAGCAUAUUCUAGCAUUCGUCAUUCUGCUAGAAUGCGUCCUAAGAUGAGCCAGAUUGUGCGCACAUUGCAAGGAGAUGCUGAUGACGACAUAACAAAACAAGGCCAGGGUCUUGGAGAAACUGAUAUCUACAAUACAAGUGCAUACAAUGCUGAUAUGUUGAGAUUUAAACAGAUGGUAAUGAACAGCCAAGAAUUUUCAAGCAGCGAAUUUGGAGAUGCCACAGGUGAGUACAGACGGAGAAACUCUGAUAAAGAUUAUCAUUCUGGAAAUUCGCACAAAGUAUAAGACAAUAUGGAAGCAAGAAAAAGCUGCCUGACCUUAAGGCCCCGAGACUGAAAUGCUAAUCAGGGUGGGUUCCAAAUCCCUCGUGGAUGUGACUAAGGUGUAUACGGCAACUUCUCUUUCUUGGGUCUAGAUUGGAACGUGAAUUUGAAUGAAUCAAUCUAACAGACAAGGGAGAACACAAGCGUGAUCAAAAGCGCUCAGUGGGUCGUGUGUAAGUGACAAACUAUUCGUAAUUCUUGUGUGGAUUGUACCAAUCAUGAUAAUCAAUGAAUGAUAUAUUAGUUAGGUUUUUCCCAUGCACUGUGAUUCAAGUACUACCUGUAAAUUCCAGCUCCCCAAAUGUUAUGUCAAGUUAAUUUACCAGGAA